AUUUACACAUUCUUCACAAACGCUCCAAUUUACUCUACACAAAAAUGGCAAAGCAUUGUGUUUCUGCUUCUCCUUCUUCAACUCCUCUUUUGAAAGAUGAGCUUGACAUAGUUAUUCCCACUAUUAGAAACCUUGAUUUCUUGGAAAUGUGGAGACCCUUUUUUCAGCCUUACCAUCUUAUCAUUGUUCAAGAUGGUGACCCUUCCAAGGUCAUUAAGGUCCCUGAAGGGUUUGAUUACGAGCUUUAUAAUCGUAAUGAUAUUAACAAAAUUCUCGGUCCUAAGGCUUCUUGCAUCUCUUUCAAGGAUUCUGCUUGCCGUUGCUUUGGUUAUAUGGUCUCUAAGAAGAAAUACAUAUACACCAUUGACGACGAUUGCUUUGUAGCUAAAGACCCAACUGGCAAAGAAAUUAAUGCGUUAGAACAACACAUUAAGAAUCUGUUGUGUCCAUCAACUCCAUUUUUCUUCAACACCUUGUAUGAUCCCUACAGAGAUGGGGCGGAUUUUGUCCGUGGAUACCCAUUCAGUCUCCGUGAAGGUGUACCAACUGCAGUUUCACAUGGUCUUUGGCUUAACAUUCCUGAUUAUGAUGCACCUACCCAGCUUGUAAAGCCUCUUGAAAGGAACACCAGGUAUGUUGAUGCUGUUAUGACGAUCCCAAAGGGAACUCUCUUCCCCAUGUGUGGCAUGAACUUGGCAUUUGAUCGUGAGUUGAUUGGCCCUGCUAUGUAUUUUGGACUCAUGGGCGAUGGACAACCUAUUGGACGCUAUGACGACAUGUGGGCUGGAUGGUGCAUUAAGGUGAUAUGUGAUCACUUAGGAUUGGGAGUGAAGACAGGUCUGCCAUACAUUUGGCACAGCAAAGCCAGCAAUCCAUUUGUGAACCUAAAGAAAGAAUACAAAGGUAUAUACUGGCAAGAGGAGCUGAUCCCAUUCUUCCAAUCUGUUGCCCUUCCAAAGGAGUGCACCUCUGUCCAAAAAUGUUACCUUGAACUCUCAAAACAAGUGAAAGCAAAACUUGGCAAGGUGGAUGAUUACUUUAACAAGCUGGCUGAUGCCAUGAUCACAUGGAUUGAAGCAUGGGACGACCUCAAUCCAUCGACACCUACUGCUGCCAAAUUACCUAAUGGUAGCUCAAAAUAGACAAAA